AUGGCUAAUGAUGCUCUCUAUUCCAAGCUAUUAACCAUCGUACGCACUUUCGAUGCAAGCCAAAUUCAAGACUUGAAAGAAAAGGAGAUUAGAAUUAUUCUACCUUGUCUAGUACGAUAUGUAUUCCAAUCCGUAAACGACCACAGCCAACGCAACACACGCAAAUCGAUCCUUGCUUGCAUUUUGCAAUAUCAAGUUUGCAAUUCGAUCGAAUAUUGCUUGACCUCAUCCAAUUUUUUAGUAUUAAAUGAGGAAGCCGGAAGAGAGCUGGAAAUUAGAAAGAAACUAGCCCAUCGAGAAUCAGAAUCAUAUAUGCCCUAUCACAAUAUUGAAUUAGAAUUUGAACGAAGUGAAGGUUUCAAUCGUUGUCGACUUGUUCUAAACGAAACGAUCAGACUGAUCUAUAAUGUAAGCACAUUGGAUAGACUAUCUAAAUUUCCUUCGUCUGCUAUCGCUGGUGAUAAUUUGAUCGAUCACUGCCAAUUUCUGGACGAAAUUGUGGAUGUUAUCUGUAUUUUAGUGGCAGAGAUGCCUUCCGCAUUACCAAUUAAUGAGGUAAUCGAAGCACUGUUAAUGAUAGAAAAUGGCUCCGAAGUCAUUUGCAGAUUAAUCGUGAAUUUACCAUAUUUAUUCGAUCAAGCUUGCCAAGGAUUAAUCUACCAUUCGGACAAGACAGAAGAAAAUCAAUCUGCAUCUCAAAAAAGAAUUGAUAUUUUAUGUCGUUUCUGUCGCCUAAAUCCCACUUAUGCCCCAUUAUUAAGAGAUCAAGUCAUUUCUAAUUGUAAAAUGCCCACUUUAGCUGUUGCAUUAACAUUAGAUAUUGCCGAUAAUUUACAAGAUAUUCAAGGACAGAAUGCCGAUAUUGUCUGCUUUGUUAGCGGUAUAUUACUGGGUAAUAAUUCUCAAGUUCGAAACUGGUUUUCUCAAUACUUGCAUAAUGGCCAUAAGUCGAAGAAUUUACACGUUAAGAAAUUAAGGUUAUGCUUGUUACGCGAAGUCUUCUUCUUACUCCCUUCACAUUCAAAGUUUGCCAAUUCUAUAUUGGAUGAUAUCGAUACUUCCAAUUUGAUUACAGAUAAUGUAAGUUUUCAGGUAUUUUACUACGAAUCUACAGUGGUUAGGGCUAGUUCUAUUCUACGUGUCUACUGUGCUGUAAAAGGUUUCGCUGGACUCAAAUUUGAUCGACAAGAAUGCCGAGCAUUGUUGCGCUUAAUUACUCUACAACCACCCGCAAAUGCCGCCGGCGUUCGAUUUCUUGUCCUAGGACUGUGUACUAUAUUAGCUUGCCCCGUAGUAACAGAAUCUUCGGAAUUUGAGAACAUUAUUUUAAGAUGGCUACAAUCGUUAGUUCAUCAAAGUAAAUUUUACGAAAGCAUCAGUGGAGUCCAUGCUUCUUUUGGUGAGACGCUACUGCUAGUGGCCAUUCAUUUCCUUAAUUCACAAUUUUCAGCAAUUGAGUCGUUGAUAAAUUCAACACUUGGCAUGAAACUUCCUAUAAAAUCAGAAUCAUUAUCAAGAAUGAAAAUUAUGUUCACACAAGUUAUUUUUAAAGAACAGGCUUUAACAAGACACGCAGUUACUGUUCUCGUAACACCCAGUUUAAAUGCAAAUGUUGAUGGCUUCUUACCAAUACACUGUAUUUACCAACUACUUCGAAUGAAAGCAUUUUAUAAGCAUAAUGUCCAAGUUAAGACUUGGCUAUAUAAUCAGAUUCGAGCAGCGCAAUCACCUUUGCAUUCUUUAAUGCCUCGCGUCAUUGAAGCGUUUGUAGAUCUACUAUUUUACGACGGUUCAUCAACGCAGAGCAAAUUUAAUAUUAACCCAGAUGAUCAGAAAUUGUUUGUAUUGGAAGGUUUCAGUGACGAUGAAGUUAUAUCUAUAUUUCACGAUGAUAUCAGCCUUGCUAGUAAGGUUCUAGUAUUGUAUUAUGUAUUGGCAUAUCAAGAUCAUUUCGUAAAUAAGACGAAAAAGCCAGUAACCAGCCAAACUAAGAUUAGUGCAAGAAAAACUUACAGCCAGGCGCUAAUAUCGCAACUGCCUAUACGAAAAUUGUUCUUGGAAGCUAAAAGUCACCAGGAAGACUACGGCGAGAUCUAUCCUAUGCUACUUCGUCUAUUAGUAACACAUCACCGUCAGCUAUGUAUGGUGGAUCACUGGCUAAAAGUUGAAGAAAUGCAAGAAGAGCUGACUCAAUCUCAUAACUCUGAGCUAAGAGCAAAUCAAAGCGUAUUACUGUUGCACCGCUUUACAGCUUUAGAAAAAUCCUUCACCCAACCAAUGGCGGCAAUGUUAUUACUGACGCAGUUAAUGUCCUUGCCUAUGGAAUCACUGUUAAGUUAUUCUAAUUUAGUAAUCAAAUCACUACCAUUGAUGAUUGAAGAAGAUACUCCGCGCAAGAUUGCAUUGAUGGUGAACAAAUUGUGGUAUAGGUUGUCCGCUGCUAUGUCUCAUCAGCUAUGGAUACCUACUAUUAAGGCUUUAUAUCGAUCACAAAUGACGGAUCUGCCGGAACAAUUAGAUGUCAUAUCUGCUGAAAGUCUGACUGUUACCCCCUUAAUCAUAUUAAAAUGUGAUAAGCGUGUCUUUAGGUGCCCACCUAUUUUUGAAAUAGUACUCCAUAUCCUAAAUACUUACAUGACAGCGUUUCGCGCAUCUCUAAAUAACAUUGUACAAGAAAAAUCUGCCAAUAUCGUAAAUAACCAAGAAAUACAAGGGAAAGAAGGAAUUAAAAGCGCCUUUAUUUAUGUCCAGGAAACAGCUGCAAUUCAAAUACUGUUGGAGAUUUGCCUCCCAACGAAUGAAGAUCAUCAGGUUCAACAGUCGUUACGACUUAGCGAACUGCAGGAGAUUCGGAGCAUCAUAUGCUCCCAUUUGCAUCAAGUCUUUAUAUCAUAUCCGAAUAUUACCAAGCUGGUCCACUUUCAGUCCUAUCCCAGUGAACUUAUCUCCAUGAUGGUUGCUGGUGUACCAUCUAUGCAUGUAUGUUUAGAUUUUAUUCCAGAAUUGAUCAAUCAACCUCAACUGGACAAGCAAUUAUUCGGUAUAUCACUGGCCUCACAUUUAGCAAUACACUAUCCUCUUCAAAAGUCCAUGGAUGUUGCUAACCAAAUUCUUGAACAUGUCACUUUAAUGUUAUCUGUGCUUCCUGCAAAUGCACUGAAUCAACUAAUUAGAACAGUUUUACCAGCAUUAGCAAGAUUCGGAUACGCUUUUCCUCCAAUGUGUGAGGAUAUUGUGUCAUUACUCCUUCAGUGUGGAAGGAUUAUGCAUUCAUCGACAUCUUCACCGGCUAAAACAGCAAUUACCUAUAAUUCAAAUUAUGUAACCCCUGAUGCAAGUGUGGAUUGCACUACUGCAAGUGGCAUAUCCAACGGAAUCGUACAAGUAAAUGAAAGCAAUAGUAACGACAUGGAUAUCUCGAAUAGUGACAAUUCUUCUUCGCAUGAUUUAUCAAAUAUACACGACAGUGAGAGUUUGGAAGCCAUAUUACCGACUGUAGACAUAUUGAAAGCGAUAGAAAUCGCUUUUUCUUUCAUUGUAAAGCAUUGUAUAGUGCAGAGAAAAACGUCUUUUAACCACGAAUUUAACAGUCUCUCGACGUAA